AAGUGCCCCACCUUCGCCCAUAGACACAACUUCUGCAAGGCAACGAACCUCUGCGCGCCCGCCUGCUUUCGACGCCCACCGCGCAGACACGCAUCCCCCGCCGCCGACGCCGAGCUGCUGGCGAAGCUUCCUGGGAACACCGCCGACCCCCCCAACAGGCUGAUUGGGAGCUUUUCCCGCCGCGCUGCAGCCCGCCAUGUCUCUGUCCAUUGAAGAGCUCGACGCCACGGUGCGCGCCUUUUACGAGGGCCGUGGCGACACGCAAAAACAAGCCCAAGCUACGCUGAACCAGUUCAAAGAAAACCCCGACGCAUGGCUUCUGGUCGACAAGAUUCUCUCCGACGCACAGUACCCGCAGACCAAGUAUCUGGGUCUUCAAGUCCUCGACAAUGUGAUCAUGACGCGAUGGAAGGUGCUGCCUCGAGACCAAUGUCAAGGUAUCCGAAAUUUCAUCGUCAACUUCAUCAUCCAGCUCUCCAACAAUGACGACACCCGUCGCGCCGAGCGCACCCUCCUAAACAAGCUCAACCUCGUCCUCGUCUCCGUCUUGAAACAGGAGUGGCCCCACAACUGGCCGACUUUUAUCAACGAAAUCAUAUCGUCGUGCCACAGCAGCCUGGGAAUAUGCGAGAACAACAUGGUCAUUCUGCGCCUGCUCUCCGAGGAGGUUUUUGACUACUCUGAGGAGCAGAUGACCUCGGCCAAGCGACGAGAGCUCAAGCAGAGCAUGUGCGACGAAUUCACGGCCAUCUACCAGCUCUGCUCAGAGGUCCUGCGCACAGCCACCGAGGCCUCGCUCAUCAAGGCAACACUAGAGACGCUGCUGCGCUUCUUGAACUGGAUCCCUCUGGGCUACAUCUUUGAGACGCCACCCAGUGGCCAGAGCCUGAUCGAGACCCUGCGAAGUCGGUUCCUCGAAGUGCCCGACUUCCGCAACAUUACUCUGAAAUGUCUCACUGAGAUUGCCGGUCUACACACGGAGCCUGCAUACGACGAUAAGCUUGUUUCCAUGUUCACUGAGACGUUGACGGCCAUCUCAAAGAUCAUCCCUCUUUCACUGGAUCUGAAGAGCACAUACUCGUCCAGCAACAGCCGCGACCAGGAGUUUGUGCUGAACCUCGCAUUGUUCCUCACCAACUUCUUCACCAUGCACCUCAACGUCAUUGAGAAUCUGAUGAACCGGGACUUCCUCACGCAUGGACAUUUUUACCUCAUCCGCAUUAGUCAGAUUGACGAUCGUGAGGUCUUCAAGAUCUGUCUCGAGUACUGGACCAAGCUCGUCUCUGAGCUGUACGAUGAGAUGCAGGCGCUUCCAAUUACCGACAUGAACCCUCUCCUGAACAUGGGUAUUCCCGGAAACGGAGGCCGCGAGUUGGCCAACUAUCCUCUGAGGAAGAACAAGUACACCGAGAUUCUUUCCAACCUCCGAACGGUCAUGAUUGAGAAGAUGGUUAGGCCCGAGGAGGUUCUCAUUGUCGAGAACGACGAGGGAGAGAUUGUCCGUGAAUUUGUCAAGGAGAGCGACACGAUCCAGUUGUACAAGUCUACUCGCGAAUGCCUGGUCUUCCUUACCCACUUGGACGUUAACGACACGGAGCAGAUCAUGUCGGAGAAACUGGCCCGUCAAGUCGAUGGUUCGGAAUGGUCAUGGGCAAACUGCAAUACGCUCUGCUGGGCCAUUGGCUCGAUUUCUGGCGCCAUGAACGAGGAGACGGAAAAGCGAUUCCUGGUCACGGUAAUCAAGGAUCUCCUGGGACUGACUGAAAUGAAGCGAGGAAAGGACAACAAGGCCGUUGUCGCGAGUAACAUCAUGUACAUUGUCGGCCAAUACCCCCGAUUCCUCAAGGCUCACUGGAAGUUUCUCAAGACUGUCGUCAACAAGCUGUUCGAGUUCAUGCACGAGACCCACGAGGGUGUACAGGACAUGGCUUGCGAUACCUUUAUUAAGAUUGCGAACAAGUGCCGGAGACACUUUGUUGCUCUCCAGCCCGGGGAGACGGAGCCAUUCAUCGACGAGAUUGUUCGCAAUCUGAGAAAGAUUACUGCAGACCUCUCACCGCAACAGGUGCACACAUUCUACGAGGCCUGCGGUUACAUGAUUAGCGCACAAGGGCAGAAGAGCAUGCAGGAGCGCCUUAUCGCCGACUUGAUGGCUCUGCCCAACUCUGCCUGGGACAACAUUAUUGCGCAAGCUAACCAGAACCCUGCCUGUCUGCAGGAUGCUGAAGUGAUCAAGAUUGUUGGUAACAUCAUGAAGACCAAUGUUGCCGCAUGCGGGUCGAUCGGAUCCUACUUUUACCCACAGAUUGGUCGGAUAUACUUCGACAUGCUGACAAUGUACCGCGCCAGCUCACAGCUGAUAGACGAAGCUGUCCAGCGAGAGGGCAACAUUGCGACCAAGAUGCCCAAGGUGCGCGGGCUUCGCACCAUCAAGAAGGAAAUCCUGAAGCUCAUCAACACGUACGUUGAGAAGGCCGACGACCUGGAGAUGAUUCACAACAACAUUGUGCCGAAGCUGUUGGAGGCUGUCUUGAUCGACUACAAGAACAAUGUUCCGGACGCUCGUGAGGCCGAAGUGCUGAAUGUGAUGACGACCAUCAUCAACAAGUUACAUGGUAUGAUGGAGGACCAGAUCAUCAACAUCAUGGACAGCGUGUUCGAGUGCACACUGGACAUGAUCAACAAGGACUUUUCCGAGUAUCCCGAGCACCGUGUCGAGUUCUUCAAGCUUCUCCGAACCAUCAACCUCCGCUGCUUCCCCGCUCUAUUACGUCUCGACGCACGAUCCUUCAAGUUUGUCAUUGACUCGUGCAUGUGGGCAAGCAAGCACGACAACCGCGAGGUGGAAAGUGCAGGUCUGUCCAUGUGCUUCGAGCUCAUUUCCAACAUGGCCGAAACGGACCAGCAGACUUGCAACGCCUUCUUCCAGACAUUCUUCACAACCAUUCUCCAGGAUGUCUUCUUUGUCGUGACUGACAGCGACCACAAGGCGGGCUUCAAGUCGCAGUCAAUGUUGCUGGCCAAGUUGUUCUGGCUUGUUGACUCGGACAAGCUCCAGGGCCCCAUCUACACAUCACCGGACAUGGCGCCAGCCGGUACACCAAACCGAGAGUUCUUGCGAAACUUUGUUGGUAACCUGCUGGCGACUGCCUUCCCCAACCUCCAGACUGCUCAAAUUGCCUCGUUCAUUGACGGACUGUUCGCCACAAACUCUGACCUGAACCGGUUCAAGGUCAUUCUCCGCGACUUUUUGAUUUCCCUCAAGGAAUUCUCGGGCGACAAUGCGGAGCUCUUUGCGGAAGAACGCGAGCAGGCAGCCAAGACUGCCAAGGAGCAGGAGCGGGAGCGUGCCAUGAAGGUCGGAGGUCUGCUGAAGCCAUCGGAGAUGGACGAUGACGAAUUGUGACUUGACGUCGAACUGGAAGCAAAUGUGGCUACGCGCACGCCCUACGACGCGCAAUGUGCUCCCGACGAGUCUGCAAGCAGUGCGCGCUCGAACGACCUUGAUGGAUGGGACAUGUAUGGAUUGUGAGGGCGAGGGGAUAGUGUGGAGGAGCCAAGAGGGGGUGGUAGCGAUGGUGGAAUGGGCGGGAAGCAUGCAAUUUGUUGGACGGUCAAAGUUUCGAGCAAGCAGGCAUGGGUUCGUUGUGGUCUAAUACCCUAUAGACGUCUCACUUCUUGGUUUGAUGCAUGGACACGUGGUUGGCGUGGCGGUAGCUUUGCUUGGCCUGCAGACAAAAAAAAAGGAGAGAGGGGAGCGUUGGUGGCGCAAAGACAAGGCCGUCUGGACAGCGAAGAAUAAACAUUGUAUCUGGCG